GAGCAACUUUUGAUAGCACUUGCCCUUGGAGACCCCACACGGUUGUUCUCCUUUUUCUCCAAUCACUCUCAAAUUCCCGACUAACGUCCAAUUUACGAAGCUACUCAUGGCUUCAAAAAAGUCACAAGUUAGUCCACUAACCUCUUCUUGAUAUCUCUCUUCUUCCUCCCCUCUACCAUAUAUAUGGCCGACUGUCGAUAGCAAUACUUGCUCUAUCUAAUUAAGCCAUGGAUUGGUUUUCUUGGUUAUCGAAAACUGGUCUGGAGCCGUCUCUUGUAUAUGAAUACGGCCUCGCCUUUGCACACAAUGAGCUCGAGGAAGACGACAUGAGUCACUUCGACCAUGAGUUCCUGCAGAGCAUAGGCAUAUCCAUAGCCAAGCACCGGCUGGAAAUACUCAAACUUGCUAGGAAGGAGAAUCUUUUGAAGCCGCAUCCAUUUUCGAGUCUCGUUGGUGCGAUCAACACGACCAAGAAGCGUCUGGCCAGUUACAUGAGGAAGUGGACGCAUCGUGAGAAAUCUGCUCUCACUGUUGUGCCGAGGCUUAGUUAUGGCACCAGAUGGAGGGAUGCAAUGGUGAAGAGGAACGGGAAGUUGAUGAUGGCUAAGAAAGGGAGGUUGUUGCUCACUAAAGGGAGUCCUCUGGCGGUGUCAACGCCUCAUCUUAACAGCUUUUCAAGUCCGGUGGUUUAUGCGCUUAGUCAAGAAGAAAAGUUUGUAGAUGAUCAGUAUGAUGGGUACUGGUCUGCUGAUGGGGUUCAAGAGAUCAAAUGGGACACAAUGUUCCAAAAUCUUAAACCCACAUGAAGAUUAAAAUUUUCAUCCCAGAGUCACCAAGUUCCAGUCUCUGGAGUCGAAGUUUGCAGCUCUUCGAUGGUGCGAGAUCAAUUUUUGGUUCCUCCACCAAAGAUUGUUUGUUUCUGUAGGAGUUCUCAUCUCUGUUCUUCUAGUCUGGACUCUGGUGUAUCGUGCACUAGAUAGUCUUUAGCUACAGAAUAUUAUCUCAUCUGCAGGGAAGUUUAAUGUCACCACAUGUGAGGUCGAUUUGUCUUAGGCAUGAGUGAGUUUAUUCUGGAAGUAGCUCAUUUUUUGUCCUAGUAACCGUAAAGGCUAAUUUGGUUCGUUCGCAAUGUUGUUCAUGUUAUUCAUCGGGCAAAAUUAAUAUGCUUUAAUUUCACUGGUCA